CCUAGCAGCCGAUCCUUGCCUUCCCCUUCUGAUACUAUGACUUCCGAAUGUGUCCCCAAAAGUGAUACUCCUGAGUCCUGUUCUGGGGCAUCAGACUGUCCCUCUGUUUCAACCUGUUCUACUGAGAUUCCCUGCCUCCCCAGUACUGGGGUAGCAUCCAGAUGCCAAACUCCAACCUUCCUCACCAGGUCCUGUCGGCCCACAAGUCGCCUAGCAACUUGCUACAUACCUGGGAGCUAUAACAUCCCUUACUUUGUGGGUAGCUGUGGUUGGUGUGAGGAAGGAGCCUUCAACAGCAAUGAAAAGGAGACCAUGCAAUUCCUGAAUGACCGCCUGGCCUGCUAUCUGGACAGGGUCCGAGGCCUGGAACAAGAGAAUGCAGAUCUGGAGUGCAAAAUCCGAGAGCAGUGUGAGCUAGAAGUGCCUCUUGUGUGUCCAGACUACCAGUGUUACUUCAACACAAUUGAAAAUCUCCAACAAAAGAUCUUGUGUACCAAGGCAGAAAAUUCGAGGUUAACUGUUCAGAUUGACAACUUCAAAUUGGCAGCAGAUGACUUUAAAUCAAAGUAUGAGACUGAACUGUCUCUUCGCCAGCUAGUAGAGGCCGACAUCAGUGGCCUCCGAAAAAUCUUAGAUGAUUUGACCCUAUGCAAAUGUGACCUAGAGGCACACGUGGAAUCUUUGAAGGAGGAUCUGCUCUGUCUCAAGAAAAAUCAUGAUGAAGAAGUCAAUUUAUUGAGGGAACAGCUUGGGGACCGACUCAAUAUAGAGCUGGACACCACCCCACCUGUUGAUCUGAACAAGGUCCUGGACGACAUGAGGUGCCAAUAUGAAGCCAUGGUCACUGAUAACCGCAGAGAUGUUGAGCAAUGGUUCACCCUUCAGACAGAGGAAUUGAAUCAACAACAGCUGACUAGCUCUGAGGAGCUCCAAUGUUGCCAGUCGGAGAUUCUUGAGCUGAAGAGGACAGCAAAUGCUCUGGACAUUGAACUCCAGGCACAGCACGGCUUGAUAGAAUCUCUGGAAUGCACCAAGGCAGAAACGGAGACACAAUAUAGCACUCAGCUGGCCCAGAUGCAAUGCCUGAUUGAUAAUGUGGAGUCCCAGCUGGCUGACAUACGCUGUGAUCUGGAGCGGCAGAACCAAGAAUAUCAGGUCCUCUUGGACGUGAAGGCACUGCUUGAGUGUGAGAUCACCACCUACCGGAGUCUGCUGGAGAGUGAAGACUGCAAACUUCCCUGCAAUCCAUGUUCCUCCUCCUCUACCUCUGGAAAUACCUGUGGACCCUGCACAGCCUGCUUGAUUUGUACAGUCGAAGGAUGCCGAGUCUGAGUAGCCCAAUACCGACAUGUUUCAUCAAGGAAGCAAACAGUUUGGUUCAAACCACUGAAACAAGAAACUGGGUUUGAUCCAUGGACUUCAAAGCACUAACUCCUUCUCUUAAGGGCUACAAAGCCCAUACCACUGAUUACCCUCCAAGAAUCUUCUGCACAUUUAUAGUUUUUGUGUAUUCUCCAUUUAAUGACUUUCAUGUGUUCUUUGACUCUCUUGUUAAUUUUCAAAAAAGAAAAAAAAACAUUACAUUUCCUUGACAUAGUUAAUGCAGUUUUUGGUGUUGUUCAUUCAAGUGAGUGUUAUCCUCAUGGGUAUUUUUGUAAAGUGUCAUUGGGUCUCAGGUGAAUUUUCCAAAUGUCU